CCUCCGGUCGCUAAGGUUUCCUCCGCCCUCCGGCAUCCGCCGCCCUCCCAGGACAGGUCCUCUUGCGGACAGCGCCGAAGAUUGGUUGGGGCUUGCACACACUAGUCCCAGUCACUGCAAUUGAUCAAAGAUAGCAAAUGUUGAAGAAAGUCAACUGCAUUUUCUGGUUGACUGAACACAAGCCCAUAACAGCAGUAAGAAGAAAACUCCCGUUCUAUUAUAAGAAGGCUUCUCACAGAAAUUUAAUUAACAGCUAGAUGAAAAAAUUAAAAGAUUCUGCUCAAUUCACUGUAAGCCUAUAUCUUGGAGACUCCAAGCAAGCAAAGAGACUAUGGCUGAAAUUGAGAGAGCCGCAUUUGUAUAUUAAACACAAGAAGCCCAUAACGAAAUGGAUAAAAGAAAGAAGACUUCAGAUGGAAACACUGCCAGUGUGAAAAAAAAGAGGCUUGUUAUUACAUUAGAACAAAAAUGUGAUGUAAUUGAGCGCCAUGAACGUGGUCAUAGUAACUCAAAAAUAGGACGAGAUGUAGGAAUGCCUGAAUCUACAGUACGGAAUAUUAUAAAACAUGCAGGUGAAAUAAAAGAAAAAGGUAAAGUUGCAUCCACUUUUUGUGGUUUGCAAACAACUACAAGGAAUAGAAGUGUUACAAUGAUAGAAAUGGAACGUCUUUUAGCUGUGUGGAUUGAUGAUUGUAAUAAAAAAUGCAUUCCUCUUAGCCGAGCAGCCAUUCAGACAAAAGCCUCAAGUUUAUUUAAAGCAGUAAAAGAAAAUGGAAAUGAAGUAGAUAGUGAGGAAACUUUUUCUGCCAGCGGUGGUUGGUUUGACCGCUUUAAAAAUCGAGUUCAUUUGCAUCAUGUUAAAAUUACUGGAGAGAUAGCCAAUGCAGAUGAGAACAUGGCAGCCAACUAUCCUGAUGUUUUGAAGAAAAUAAUUGGAGAAGGUGGAUACACCGAUCAACCAAUUUUUAAUGUGGGUGGAACAGGUUUAUUCUGGAAAAAGAUUCCUUUCAGAACUUACAUUUUUAAAAAAGAAAAAACUCAACCUGGAUUUAAAGUGUCUAACAAUCACCUGACAAUUUUUGAACAGCAUGAAUGUGGUCAUAGUAACUCUAAAACAGGACAAGCUGUAGGAAUGCCUGAACCUAUGGUACAGAAUAUUAUAAAGCACACAGAUGAAAUAAAAGAAAAAGACAACGUUGUGCCAGCUUUUUGUGGUUUACAAACAACUACAAGGAAUAGAAGCGUUACAAUGAUAGAAAUGGAGCGUCCUUUAGCUGUAUGGAUUGAAGAUUGUAAUAAUAAACACAUUCCUCAAAACAAAGCAGCCAUGCAAACAAAUGCUCCAACUUUAUUUAAAGUAGAGAAAGAAAAUGAAAAUGAAAUACAUAGUGAAGAAACUUUUACUGCAAACAGCAGUUGCUUUGAUCCUUUUAAAAAUCAAAGUCAGUUACAUAAUGUAAAAAUUACUGAAAAAGCAACUACUACAGAUGAGGAUAUGGCAGCUAAGUAUCCUGAUGUUUUGAAGAAAAUAAUUAAAGAAGGUGGAUACACUGAUCAACAAAUUUUUAAUGUAGAUGAAACAGGCUUAUUCUGGAAAAGGAUGCCUUCCAGAACUCAUAUUUCUAAGAAAGAAAACAUAAAACCUGGAUUUAAGGUGUCUAGGGAUCGCCUAACACUUUUACUGGGGGGUAAUGCAGAAGGGGAUUUUAAAUUAAAACCAAUGCUUGUUUAUUGGACUCAAAAUCCUCGUGCUCUGAGAGGCUAUAAUCAACAAUCCCUUCCAGUUCUUUGGAGGUCGAAUAAGAAAGCGUGGGUGACUAAAACUGUUUUCCAAGACUGGUUUUCAAGUUAUUUUAGCCCUGCUGUUGAGAAAUAUUGCAAGGACAGUAAUAUUGCAUUUAAGGUGUUACUGAUUUUAGAUAAUGCUCCAGGUCAUCCAACUACACUUAGUUCAUUGUGUGAGAAUAUAAAAGUAAUUUUUUUGCCACCAAACACAACAUCUCUGUUGCAACCCAUGGACCAAGGAACCAUUGAAACAUUUAAAGCCUACUAUCUAAGAAAGAUUUUUGAACAGGCAGUUGUGAAAACGAUGGGCGAUGAUGCAAUGUCCUUAACUGACUUCUGGGAAAAUUAUAACAUCAGAGAUGCAAUUGAAAAUAUUCAUCAUGCUUGGCAACAAAUAACUGCAAACAGUAUGCGUGACGUGUGGAAGUGCAUUUUGCCACAUUGUGCAAAUAGUAAUUUUGAAGGUUUUCCCUCUCAGAAGCAGGCUGUUGUAGAAGAAAUAACAAACAUAGGAAGAAAGCUUGGUUUUGAUGACUUAGAAAGUGACAGUAUUCUGGAAUUGCUGGAUUCACACUCAGAAGAAUUGACUGCUGAUGAUUUUCUUCAUUUAGAUCAACAACGAGUGUUUGAAGGUAUUGACAAUACCGAAGAAGCAGAUAAUGAACAAAUGAAAGAAUUCACUCUCAAAGAAUUUGAAGAUAUCUUUCAAGCUUUAGAAGUUGUGAAGCAAAAAAUUAUGGAUGCUGACCCUAAUGUUGAUCGAAGAAUUCAAAUUCACCAAGAUGUAGAUAAAGCUCUCUGCACUUAUCAGCGUAUGUAUGAAGAUUUAAAAAAAGAGAAGACGAUUGAGACCACGCUGCUAAAAUAUUUUAAACAAGAAUAACAAUGUUUUCAUCGUAUCAGUAUAGGUUUAUCUUUAGGUAAGAUAUUCAGUAAUUUAAUUUUUUUAAUUUUUUUAAUUUUGCUUUCUAUAGCAAUACCAUUACUUUGUAAUAAACUUGAAUCAAAAGUACAUUUUUUAUCCUUUGUUAUUCCGUUAAUAAACUUAUUUUAAAAUA